UGCCUGGGAAGAGAUGUCUCUAGCCUGGAGAAAUUUGCAGAAACCCUUUUAUCUGGAGACUUCUCUCAGAAUACUCCAGAUGCGUCCAUCCCUGAGCUUAGGUGCUUCCCGGAUAGCUGUGCCCAAGCUCACUCUUCAUACAAAGCACAGCAUGCCACCGUGUGACUUCUCACCUGAGAAAUACCAGUCCCUGGCCUACAGCCGUGUGCUGGCGAUUCACAAGCAGCAUCUUUCUCCUGUGGAUACAGCCUAUUUCCGGAAGCCUUUGCUACUCCACCAGGGACACAUGGAGUGGCUCUUUGAUUCUGAGGGAAACAGAUACCUGGACUUCUUCUCUGGGAUUGUCACUGUUAGUGUUGGUCACUGCCACCCCCAACCUGGUGCCAUCUGAGAUCUGAGACCUGCGCUGACAACUCCCUCAUCCUCAGAGUUCCUCUUCCCACUGAUCUCAUUGACACAAAUGUUUUCAGAACACUUCUGCUCUCCAAAGGAAGGCCACCUUGCCCACCUAGCUGGCCACCACAUUACCAGUCAUAACCCAUGUCCCCUCCAUCCCACACGUCAUGUGACUGUCAGAUUUACUUCUGUCAUCCGGGAUGUUAUCAAGAGUCUUAUCUCUUUAAAAAUUUACUAACACUUUAUAAUUGUCUUAAGUGGGGUUUGUGGAAUAAUAAUAAUAAGAGAUGUUCCUUGGGAAAGAGCUCCAGGAAAAGAUAAAAAGAGGAUUAAUAAUAAAAGAACUAAUAAUAAAAAUAUAAUCAUAAAAGCAUAAUAAAAUUUAAAAUAAUAAAAAUAAAUAAUAAAAAUAAUAAAUAACUAGUAAUAUACUGUAUAAAAUUACAUUAUAUAUAAUUAUAUAAUAAUAAUUAAAUAUAAUUAUGUGUUAUAUUAUAAUUAUAUACUAUAAUUAAAUAUAAUCAUAUAUUAUAGUUAUAUUAUAUAAUUAAUAAGAAUAUAAAGUAUCUUAUAUAUGAUAUAUAGUAUAUCAUAUAUAAUAAAAUAUAUAAAUAAAAUAUAAUAAAAAUAAAUAAUAAUAAUGAAAAAUAAUAUAAGUAAUAAUAAAGAUUUUUAAAGAGAACAAUAAAAAAGAACUAUGGACUCUUCCUCUCUCCUUCUUAGCAUUAUACCAAGCAAAAGUACUAUCAAGUCCCAUAGCCAAAGAAUUUGUUUAGCCUGGCAUUUCUCAAAAUUAUUCGAUAGUUGAACUAAUUUUUCAAUGUAUCAAAUAUUAAUAGCAAAGAUAAUGGUGUGGAUCAAACACCAGCCACUGUUGCCCUUUCCCCGCCUUCCCAAGACUCUCCUAUUUGGGCCCCACAUGUUUAACUGCCUUUAGUUACUACUUAUUCUCAUUAUGGGCUUUCUAAUCAGUAAGGUCAAACUGAUUCUCUAAAGAAUGAGACUUCAACAUUAUAAAAUAUUUGUUACCAAUGAUCACUGCUCCAACAAGAGUAGAGGAGUCCACAUGUAAAACCUGCCUCCUGAAACUCUUGAAGAAGUAGCCUGGGGUCCAGGUUCGGUGGCCCAGGGCAGAGGACAUCCCUGCUAGUAGUGUGUGCUUGACUGGUUCUAUGUUUCUCCAGGAAGGUAAGUGCAGUGGCAAAAAAACAGAUAGACCGCCUGUGGCAUACAAGUUCUGUCUUCUUCCACUCUCCGAUGCAUGAAUAUGCAGAGAAGCUCUCAGCACUCCUUCCUGAGCCUCUUAAGGUCAUUUUCUUGGUGAACAGUGGAUCAGAAGCCAACGACCUGGCCAUGGUGAUGGCCCGAGCACACUCGAAUCACACAGACAUCAUAUCUUUCAGAGGAGCCUAUCACGGAUGCAGUCCCUAUACACUUGGCCUGACAAAUGUCGGAAUCUACAAGAUGGAAGUCCCUGGUGGGAUAGGCUGCCAAUCAACAAUGUGCCCAGAUGUUUUCCGUGGCCCUUGGGGAGGAAUCCAUUGUCGAGAUUCUCCAGUGCAAACAGUGAGGGACUGCAGCUGUGCUCCAGACUGCUGCCAAGCUAAAGAACGGUAUAUCGAACAAUUCAAAGACACACUGAACACUUCUGUGGCCACAUCAAUUGCUGGAUUUUUUGCAGAGCCAAUUCAAGGUGUGAAUGGUGUUGUCCAGUACCCAAAGGAGUUUCUGAAGGAAGCCUUUGCGUUGGUCCGAGAGCGGGGAGGUGUGUGCAUCGCAGAUGAAGUGCAGACAGGCUUUGGCAGGCUGGGCUCUCACUUCUGGGGUUUCCAGACACAUGAUGUACUUCCUGACAUUGUCACCAUGGCUAAAGGGAUUGGAAAUGGCUUCCCCAUGGCUGCAGUUGUGACCACUCCAGAAAUUGCGAAGUCUUUGGCUAAACGUUUGCUUCACUUCAGCACAUUUGGAGGAAAUCCCCUGGCCUGCGCCAUUGGAUCUGCUGUGCUUGAGGUGAUUGAAGAAGAAAAUCUCCAGAGAAACAGUCAAGAAGUUGGCACCUACAUGCUGCUGAAGUUUGCUAAGCUUCGGGACGAAUUUGAUAUCGUUGGGGAUGUCCGAGGCAAAGGCCUUAUGGUGGGGAUAGAGAUGGUUCAAGACAAGAUAAGCCGACAACCUCUUCCUAAAACAGAAGUCAAUCAAAUCCAUGAGGACUGCAAAGACAUGGGGCUCCUAGUGGGUAGAGGUGGUAAUUUUUCUCAGACUUUUCGAAUUGUGCCCCCGAUGUGUGUCACGAAGAUGGAAGUAGAUUUUGCAUAUGAAGUAUUUCGAGCUGCCUUAAUUCAACACAUGGAGAGAAGAGCUAAGUAAGAAAAGCCAUGAGCCUAAAGAACGUCUCACCUGUGUACAGAGAUGAACUUGAGGAAUGUUGAAAAACCACAAGCAUUAGAUUAAAAAACUGCAGCCCUCUGUAGUAAUUGUAAAAGACAUGACCGACUAUCUAUCUACUGACCGUAUUUGUCAACGGAGCCCCCAUUCUCCUGAGAAUUCCAUCCUUCAGGGGAAGUAUCUAUCACUGGCUCACAGAGUAAGUCUCAGUUUGUGUAGAUUAGUCUGGGCUAAUGUUAUUUCCCAUUAUAUCAACUGGUUUGAAUACACAGUAUAUGUGUCUCCCAUGAGUCGUGAAGGAAACUCUUUCUGUGCCACUACCUCUGAAGAAACAUUUCUUCAGGCUUCAGCUCAAAUGCCUCUUGUCACACUGGAAAUUGUGUGGAAAAUGAUGGGGUUUCUCACUUCACACCAGGCAUCUGGAAGCCAUGAAGAUAAAGCCUAGUCACUAUGCUACAUCUGGAAAGUGGUCGGAAGCUGAGUGGUUGGUAAUGUCAAUGAGUCACUGACCAUGAAUCCUGGAGCCACCCUACCUCAGGGUUUCUUGAUUUAUGAAAUAAUAAAUUCAUGGUGAUGCUUACAA